AUGUCUCAGCGUGAGAAAUUCGAGCUCAUCAAUUCUGAAGUGCGUUCAUUUUACGAAUAUUGUAAAGAGGCGGGCAUGUCUGAUGAAGAAAUGGACAUCAUCUGUCGACCUCUGACAAAUGCUGUGAGAAAAGCUUCUAUAAAAAGAUGGACAAGAGUAUUUAUGUUCCUUACAAUGGUCUUGGCCAUCGGGUACACUGUGAGCCAAACGGAUACAUUUCAGUGGCAUGCAUCCGCAGCCGCAAGGAUUGUGUUAAUAAAAUUACUUCCUAUUUGGGAUUGGACCCCGUUGUAUUAUAACAAGUGUCUCAUUGAGAGAUCACAACCUCAGAACCUAGAUAACAAUGUAGUUUCGGCGGCUGAGUGCGUUGCUUGCGAAGCUAUAAAAAACAUCGUUCGUGUUUCUGACGCCAAUUACAACAUAGUUUUUAACCACCACCUACUGCGUGGUGCACCUGUCAUUGUUGUGGACGCCCAUUAUGACUGGUCGAUGUCACGUACAAACCUCAAUUUGACGGGACUCAUCACCAACGAUGACAGACUGCGCGAUUCUGUACCCUGUCGAGUGCUCACCAAUAUACGGUUAGGGCGCCAGCCAAUGGACUUAGAGGAAAUCGUAUCUAGAAUAACUAAUACAGAAAUUCCAAGUUGGUUCGUCCACUUCCAAAACUGCGAUAUUCGAGCAGUGAAAUCUUUCAGGAUCCUUGCUCCUAGACCUUACUUCCUGUCUCCCCAUAUACCUCCUUCCCAUUUUAAUUGGUUACUUUUAUCUAAGAAUUAUGACACCCAUCGAUACAAGUACCUAGAACUCGAUGUUGGUUUGAUUAUAAUGUCUCAGCUCAAAGGGAAGACUCAGGUUCAGUUAAAACCUAGGGCGCCUUGCGAGGAAGAUUGCUUCACACUUCACUUUGAAGUUAAUGAAGGGGAAUCUUUGGUCCUUGCUAAUUCGCUGUGGGAGUUCGAGUAUUUGCCAGGAAAAGGGGAUAAUGUAGCCAUGCUGACGGAAACCGAUUGGGUAGAGUCAUAA